AUGGAAUUGGCCGAUGUGUCUUCUGGGACAGCGCGGACAACGCGAACAUCCAGUCGUCCGACUGCGCCCGCGGCUUGCGAAGCAUGUCGAAAGAUGAAGAUGAGAUGUAUCCGAACAGAAACCGAUACCCCUAGGGGCCGCAUCCCUGCACCAUGUGAACGGUGUACCCGAACGAACCGGGCGUGUAGGAUCCCUGAGCCACGCCCUCUGGGGAGGAAGAAAGGCGCAAGAGGGCGUUACCAAGGGUUUGACAAAGCAGUGCGCAAAUUGAGAUCAGAGUUGAGGAAAGCGAAAAUGGAACCAGAAGCAGAGAGACUGGAGGAGAUGGUUCACAUUCCCUCCGAGCCUAGUGAGCGAUCACGCCCAAAUGGGUCUCCAUCUGAUGAACAAGCAGCAUAUACUAUAUCCUCAUCUCAUAUUUAUACUGCUCAUGCACCGAAAUUUGGCAACGCGUCUAUCUCAGAGGAUACAUCGCGACAGGAUAUUCCUCAAGCUUCGAUAAACGCAUCUUUGUAUCAUCCGAAUUCGGAACCGAUCAGCAACCCCCUUGCAUUACUAGCCGACGCGUCGGACGCCGCUCGUGCCUUAGAGCCUCACUCAACAUCCGUGAACACAAUAGCAGACCAUAAUGGGGAAGCCUCGGCUGGAAGUGAAAACCAUGUUGGCGGUCUCGGUCGCUUACUCCGUCGACCUGGUUAUGUUUCACUGGGACUGCAGCUGAGCAGAGAAAGUCUUGAAAGCUCAUUGGAUAAUCUGUUGAUACCGACACAAAACACGGAUCGAUAUUCAAAUUACUUCAAGCGUCCAAAUCAGGGACUGAUUUUAGAUGUUGGACCCGACGUUGAUCCUAUCGAUCUAGGAUUGAUCACGGUAGAGGAGGCCCAGCACUUAUUUCCAAUAUACUUUACUCGACUCCACCCAAUAAACGGCAUUCUGGACCCCAUUCUGCACACACCGGAAUUUGUGCGUUCUCGGUCGGCAUUGCUAUUCACCUGGGUUCUGGCCUUGACGGCACAGUUCGACCACGGAUGCGCAUCGAUUGCUAAAAGGCUGAGGCUGCAUGGUGAGAAGCUAUCUAGACAUGUGCAUACAUGUGGCUUUAAGUCAGUCGAGAUUGUUCAGGGAUACUAUAUCUCAUUACUCUCUGCCACCCCUGCGGAGACAUUGGCAGAAGAGCGUUCCUGGCUUUACACGAUGUAUGCAUUUGGGGUGGCUGCAGAGCUUGGUCUAGAUCAGUACUUUGAAAGCAACCAGGCUCAUGAUUCUCUGUUCCCGUCAAAUCAGGGACAUCAGAGCCUACCAGCCACUGGGUCCCGUUCAGGCGAAACAUUAAACCAACGAGAUUCAUCAUAUGAGCAGCGACUCAUACGAAAUCGAGAAAGAACGUGGUUUAGGAUUCUGCUAUGGGAACGAGCCAAUAGUGCUGCUUACGGUCGCAUUCAUAGCUUCCCCGAAACUGCGUUAACUAAAAACAUCGAACAAUGGUGGAUGCACCCACUAGCUGACUUUACGGAUAGACAUACAAGCGCUUUCAUCGCAUUGCGGAGGAUAUUAGCGAUAUUAAACAAUGACCUUCGUGAAAGAGCCGAAACAACAGGCUCGAAUCUUCAUUGGGUUCGUGAUUUUGUGGACGCUACGCUUCAGCCUUGGUGCGAUACUUGGUUAGAGCAGUCAAACACUGACGCAUUAUGCUCAGCUGAACAGCUCUCAAAUAUCUUCCUCAGAUACGUCUAUUUACAUGGAAGACUUUGGACUCUCUCUAUUGCACUCUACAACUCAAGGGAACGGAACAGUAGUGACUUCGGUCUUCGCAAUGACUGUUUUGAAGCAGCGGUCAAUGCAUGUGAAGUAGCAGUCAGGGAUUUGGAAGAGAUUGGAGAACCACUCUAUUGCAUGCUUGCUCCAACCUGGGCCAUGAUAUCCUACGCUGCUGUUCUAGCCUUGAAGUUGUUUCCAGCAAUAUAUGGACCUUCCGCUAGUAGUCAAAUUGAACUAUUUGCUCUGUUGAGUCGGGUUGCAUUAAAUCUUGAGCGCGCUGGGAAAACACCGUCCCAUCGCUAUGGGAUCGCUGCUCUACUUGGACAACAUAUUAUGAUGAUUUUAAGAGCGAAGUCUUCGGGAUUAAGACAGGAGCUCGAAAUAGAGUCCUCUUUUACUCAAACUUAUGGCAGCGGCCAUCAGGUUAAUUCGGUGGAUGAAGGAAAUCGCUCAAUUGAGCCACUUCUUUCUGAUUAUGAUCCCUUCUUGGGUGAUGUCAAUUUGCCUGAUAUUACAGAAGAAGGAUUUGCAGAUUUAUUCCGAGAAAUAUUUGGACCGGGAUUCGGAAAUGUCUUUUGA